CUGUAUCCGCGACGAUCACGUUACCGUGGGCCACUCGGUUUCGUAGCGAUCGCGUUUUCCGGCCGGCCGGUUCCCCCGAUCGAUCGCUAUAUACUUCCUACUUCCGCGGCGCUGCCCACGGCAACGAACGCCACCCACGACCGCGACGAUGCAGAUCUUCGUCAAGACAAUCACCGGGCACACUCUCACGCUCGAGGUCAAGGGCACCGACACCGUCGACACCGUCAAAGCUCGGAUCCAGGACAAGCAAGGGAUCGCCGGCGCCGCCUCCCAGGACCCGCACCAGCUGCCGUCGCUCGUCUUCGCCGGGAAGCAGCUAGACGAGGAGGACGGCCGGACGCUGGCCGACUACGGCAUCGGCAAGGAGUCGACGCUGCACCACGUGCUCGGCCUCCGCGGCGGCCUCCGGCAUCGAAGCUGCUACCCCAAUCACAUCAGCCCCAGCCUCCUAGCGCUUGCGCUCCGCUACAACGAGAACAAGAUGAUCUGCCGCAAGUGCUAUGGACGUCUUCCUCCGGGGGCUACCAACUGCCGCAAGAAGAAGUGCGGCCACACCAAUGACCUAAGGCCGAAGAAACGUUUCGAUGGUAGAGCAGGUUUACGAGGGAAAUAGUGGCAUCCAUAUGAUGUACCUCCUACCACAAGGUGACCAUAAGGACCGAUAAUAUAUGCUUCCCUCUGCACCCACCAGUGUGCAGCAUCUCCUGCUUGGCAUAAUGCUCAUAAUGCCGAUGUACAAUUGCA